UGGGAAAUGGGUAGUUAAUGUGACCAUUAAUUUUGCUCAGAAAACAUCAGACCUGAAGAGAGCUGUUACUUGACUUCAACUUUCACUUUAAAAAGAAGUAAAUUAAAUUAUCUUUAGUUGAGAUUUGCAGUAGCUACUCCUUACCUCAGCAACAAAAGGACAGUGCUUGAUUUCAGAGCACUUAACUGGGUUAUUGCCAGCUUUGGUGACAUGGUCUAGUUUAGAGUGAUGCUAAACCUCUUUGAAAAUACAGUUUCUUAUUUUGCUUUGCAACAGAUGCAAUUCUGUGUUCCCAUCAGGCUGUUCCAGCAGUAAUUGCAGUGACAAAAUUCUUUGCUCUAAGCUCCAGGUUCAAUCUAACAGCUGUGGUUUAAAAACCAGGGCUGUUUCCAAACAAGUGGUUUGGUUUGGGGUUGUUUUUUGUUGGGAGUUAUUGACUUUUAAAAGUGACAGUAAUGGUUUUCUUGCUUGCUAUAUAAAAUAUACAGAAAAACACUGACUCAACAUAAUUAAGAAAUUGCCAAAUAUGUUGAAAAUGCUAAGAAAGUACCCUUUGUCCUAAAGUUUGAAGGAUAAAAAAGACUUUUCAAGGAAAGCAAAAAGUGGUUUUGUUUGACUUUAAGUGAUUAACAGAUUGGGUUUUGAGGGUUGUGUUGAGUUACCACAAUAUUAGUGGUGUGAGGAUAACUUCAAACAAUUAUUAAAAAACACUUCCUAUAAUUACAGUCUAAUACCUUAUAACGACACAUACAUAUCCACCACAAUCUUAACAGAUUAACAAUACAUACUAUAAAAAAAUCAAAUAGAAAAGAUCUCUCACCACAUUAAUAAAAUCUUAUACUAAAAGUCCAAAUAGACUGUGACAAUAACCCAAAUAACAAAAAACACUCCUCGUAAUAAACCUAGAAACCAAACCAGUGUUUUACUCUGACCCACGAGGAGCUUCAUUGCAGCAAUUAACUGGACUUGCAGAUGAAAAACCUUUAACAGCAGCGUCACAAACGAGUCUUAGUGGAGCUCACGGUGUUCGAGGCGUGAGCAGGUGCCAGGCUGGAUGUGCAAUGAGCUCUUGUCUGUCCCCAGCUGUGCCGGGCGGGCGGAGGAGCCAUGGAGCGCUUCGCGGUGAAGUCGGCGCCGUCGCGGAACCGCUCCAAGACCGCUCUGUACGUGACGCCCCAGGACCGCGUGACGGAGUUCGGCAGCGAGCUGCACGAGGACGGCGGCAAGCUCUUCUGCACCUCCUGCAACGUGGUGCUCAACCACGUGCGCAAGUCCGCCAUCAACGACCACCUCAAGUCCAAAACGCACACCAAGAGGAAGGCGGAGUUCGAGGAGCAGAACGUCAGGAAGAAGCAAAGGACUCUGACUGCCUCCCUGCAGUGCAACAGCGCUGCCCAGACAGAGAAAAGCAGUGUGAUCCAGGACUUUGUGAAAAUGUGCCUGGAGGCCAACAUCCCCCUGGAGAAGGCCGAUCACCCCUCCGUGCGAGCCUUCCUGUCCCGCUACGUUAAGAACGGCAGCUCCAUUCCCAAGUCGGAGCAGCUAAGGAAAGCCUACCUGCCUGAUGGCUAUGACAAUGAGAACCAGCUCAUCAACACCGAAGACCGCUGAGAAGAGAACUGUUUUCAUCCUUGUUGUGAAGUUUUACAUAUUGAUGGUGUGGUUUAUUUUUAUAUUCAUGCAUAUAUACAGUGUUACAUAUUGAUUUUACAAGCUAUUUUGUAUUCUUGUAGAAAUGACAAUCUGCUCCUGAACCUAGCGGUGUGCCACAGAUCGUUGCUAACCCUGCUGUAGACUUCAGAGCUACAUUGAUGUAGAGCUCACGAGGAAUGUAGGGAGCAUCCCUGGCAUGCACCUGAUCUCUGUUCAGCCCAGAGGCUGAGAAAAAGGCACUUGAAUGGAGCACCCCACUUCACAGUGCAUCCAAGAAGACGGUGUGGUAGGGAUUGCUACUCGUGUCCAGUCCCUGAGUGACCAAGAAGAGAUGCUGCACCUUUGAAAUGCAAGAAGCUCUAGGAUGGUUAGUUAAAAUAUCACUGCUCUGUUGGGGGAGGACUAUUGCAACUUUGUAUUCAAGCUUGGUUAACGUUUUGAAACAGGAAACAUUUUUCUUCUAGAACUCUCUCUUAUGCUGUUUGGUGCAACUGUGGAUGUAUUCAUUACCCAGCUUAACCAGCCAGUCUCUUGUGCUGACCUCUGAACUCCACUGUUCUCAUAAGGCUGGGAGUUCUGCAGGUUUGCCGUGUCUGCUUUUCUAAAAUCACUGUUCCUUUGUCUUGGUUUCACAUGCCCCCUUCCAUUUCAGUGCCAAUAUUUGAAAGCUGAGUAGACAAACCUGUAACUGAGUGUGGUUUGCAGUGCAGCUGCUGUCAAGUGAAACUUAUGCUGGACCAAAUUCUUAGCAGAGAAGAUUAAUGCCUUUUUCCUACUAGCAGGACUCAGCUAAAUAUAAAUUGGGGAUGGUAGAAGCACUAAACUGAGGAGUUGGGAAGUUUUUUUCAUUGCUCACAGGAGAAGAGGCUGCUCCACCUUUCCCUGAAGGUCCUUUACACAUCUGGCCUUAUCAUCAGCCUUUCAGUCAAGGGAGGUGAAGUGAUUAGAAUUAAUUUUAAAGCAGUUACUGCAAAAGUUCUUCUGUACUUGUAAACACAAGUCAGAAGGCACAUACACUUGGAACUUAUAAUGGAAUUACAGACCUGGGCUGUAUUUCUUACUGCCAUGGCCACAUCUAUUGGAUGGCAGAAAGCAAAAUGGGAAAUUGAAGAAUUUCAGUAAUGUUACUCUCUCCAAAAUCUAGUAGUUACUAAGCUAUUCCAAAUGAUGAUGCCAAAUAGUUCACCUAACACAAAUGUUCCAUAAAGGUUUGGAAUGAAAUGAGGGAGUACUGUGCAAAGUGCUGGAAUACAACUGACCUCUGCCUGCUCUAGAUCUGGAGAUGCUCUGGGCUCAGACAAGUGCCAAGCAUCUCCUGGGAGCACAGGAAUCCUCCCUCUCCACGGGUACAAUGGCACAAGGAUGCUUUAACUCCUGAGGGUGGAGCCAGUUGUCCAGCUUCCUUUCCCCAGCAGAGUUUCACAGCAGUUUAUUUACAGCAAUACCAAGGAACUGCUGAAAAGAGACAAAAUAAUCAGAUUAUUUUGGGUUUGGAGCUAUUUCCCAGCUGUUUCUAGAGCAGUCUCCUUUGCUGGGCUGGGAGAGACUUGCAUACUUAGUAACAAUUUUUUUUUUUGUGCAGUUAGUCUGCAGAAAUGCACUUGUGUUCCAUGUCCUGCUAUGAAACCUGCUGGAAUAAAUGGACAAAGCUAAAAAGCAGAAGGUUUCUUACCCAUGUGCAUCAAUCCAGGGGUGCUCAGCCCACUGCUGGUCUAGGACUUCAGACAGAAUAACAGUAGCAACUUUUUAAUCUAAUCCUAGAGAUCAAGAUAUGCCUUCCUAAAUAUAAUUUUUUAUUGCACAAGCUUGGGUUUAGCUUAAAAUCCUUAACUGCCUUGGGCUAGAACUGUUUAAUAAAUCUUCUGAAGCCAAGUGAAAGGUAAACUGCCAAUAGCCUUUUCUGUCCUGACAAGAACUGAAAGCAUUUUCUCAGAGCUGCUGUUUCCUUACAGUGAAACAACAUCCUUGCUUUAAUUUUUAAUCUUCAUUGAAACCUCAGCAAUGCUAUCUUAGAAUUGAAGCAAAUGGAGAAGAAUGGGAUAUUGAGAAAAGCAGCUAGAGAAGUGGGAUGGGCAAAAGGAAUUUGGGCUGGUUCACUCAGUUUUGCUAACAUGGGAUUUUUCAGGCUGCACCCCAUAAGAAUUUUAUAUAAGAUUAGAUGCUGUGUUCUUCCCUUGACUGACAGACUGACAGACAUUUUGAAAUGCUUCAUGGGAACAUUAAACAGGCUCCUGCAUAACUGAAAAAAAAAAGAAGAAAAAAAAUCAAGUUGCUUUCAAAUUUACAGUUUUACAUAAAAAUGAAGCAAUUGGCAAGUGUCAUGGACUCAAUUUGCAGGACACUGCUGUCUUAAUAAUAGGCUAUUUUCAUUUAAAAGUAAAGCCACAAUACUUUUGAAGCUUUUCUGAAAAUCAGGACAUUGAUCCAUUGCAACAGUCAUUAAUAAUGGGUAAAGCUAUUAAAAAUAAAGCACUUCCAGGUAAUCUAGAAAGAAUGAAUAAGUUUAAAAUCAUGAACAUAACCCUAAUCAUCAAGGCAUUUUUAGAGAAAAUAUGAGUAAGUGAUUGCAUUCUGUCAUGAAACAGACUCCUGCAAGCACUCAAAUUCAGAACACCAGUUCUGAAAGUUCUUUUCACCAUUCACUUUUGCCAAAAGUUCAUUUCAUCAUUCAGUUUUGCCAGUAUGGCUGCAGUUGGAUAAAACAUAACUUUCUUUUAAUUGCUGUUGAUCUCAGGGAAGAUUUACAGCAGAAGUUUUCUCAUCUAUCUAAACCUAAGGAAUAACUGAAUCCUAGUUUUGAGGCUGUAAUGGAGCUGUUUGAACGGUCACCAUGGGGGAUUAAUUUCUUGUGCAAGAUGUAUUUCCUGUAAAGAAGAAAACUCUCAGAAGUAAAGGGAGGAUGGUAACAGUGUUAGCUUUUCACUUCACAGCCAAACGUAGGGACAAUCUCUAAGGGAUACUUCCUGCCAUGUGGUUUUAGGGAUAUAUUUGAGCUCUAAAUGUAAUAGAAAAAAAUUAAAUAAAUAUUUUCUUCUCUGACCAAUACUUAAACUAAUUGAGCCAAAUUAUCUAAAAUUAGUCCCAAGUGUUUUUCCUGAAACAACACUUGCACAGAGUAAAAUACAAACACGACCAGUCUCUGUUGUGUGACUCCUUACAUGGACACAGCAUGAUAGUAUCAGCUAGCAUGUUCUUGAAAAAACAGGAGCAAGCUUCAGAAUUUUUAAUCAUUUUGAAGCCUGUAAUUUGACAGAUCCCAUGGGAAUGUGAAGCAUUCAGCAUAAUAAAAGGAAUUGAUUUCCAGUGGAGAAAGAAACUUGUUCUGCACUGUAUGGGAUAUUCUCAUGAUAGAAAGACUGGUUUUAGCCAGAGCCCCUUUUAGCAAUUCUGUUGAACUGAAGAGUGAGAUGCUCCCUGUUAGGUUUUGCAGCACAAUGAGCUGCUUUUCAGGAAAAAGGAUAAAAAAAAGCUGGAAGUUUGGCAAGGAAUCUCUACUUAUAUUGCAUAUAAAAAGAGGCAAGUCUCACUGUUGUUGCAUUCACAUUGUACUCACUGCUACUUACUCUGUGUAAUUUGAGUGCUUGUUGUCUUUGUACAAUUUUAAAGUCGUGUCUAACUUUCAAAAUAUUUUUAUUUUAACAAAGUUUCUCACUGUAAUAGUGCUGUUAAGAGUUUAGUCUCUUUUGGUCUGAUGAAGAUGCUUUAUUUUUGUUUUGGUGGUAGGGAUGUUUUGUUGAUGGUGAGUGGCCACAGAAAUGGUUUUAUUUAAAAAAAUAAGUCAUGAACUUAUGAUUAGAUACUAGAGUGAGGCUGAAGAUACCUGGGUCCUGCAGUGCCACAAGACUCCCUGUAGGAACAGUAAGACCAGAGUAAGUGAUUUAAGUUUUUAUAUUAAAACAAUACUGAAGAGAAAUACUUUACAUUGUAAAGUUUUCGCUUGGUAAUGAAAAAACAGUCUCUUUAAAAAAAAAUAAAGGUAUUCCUUUUUUAUAGAAUUUAUGCAUAAUCUCUUACUUUACCCUAAUCAAGUGGAUUAAGAACGUGGUGGUUCACACAGAGUGGUGUAAUAUAAGACACAAGAAAUGGAUGGGGACAGGAAAAUUGAAGGAGCUGCUGCUGCUGUAGCCUAAGGUGACAUCAGAUAUUGAAGCAUUUGUUUGAUUUACCUGUGCAAUGACACUGAAUUCUGUUUCAGGACUGGUUAUACAAAACCUCUUGCUUCCUGUCAAUUCCUGAUUUUCUUCAUGGUGACAGAAAUUCCCUAAUGAUGCCUUCUGCUCCAAGUGAAUACCAGGUGGAAUAAUUGUUGUGCAUUUUGACACUGCAGUAAACCAUUUGUAGGUACAGGAUCUUGCAGCUACCCAAGGCCUCAGAUCUUUUCAGGAAGGGCUUCUGCAAUGUGGAAGAAUCCAAAAAGGUCACAGUUUGAUCCCUCUCCCUUGGGGACUUCAUGAAAAUUGAGCAAAUAACAUCAACCCAUCAAAAAUUAUCAUCAAGUGUGGGUUCGAUUGUUUACACAUUUCUUUUCCUGAAUUCUGACUUGUCUUGACAUCUGAGGAUGGAUCAAUGAUAAAUUCAGGCAACCUCUUGACUGAUGAAUUUAUGAACCAUUAUUUUCUCAUUUUCAGUCAUUUCCAGGUCACAGCACAUUAAGAUCAAGUGCUUUUUGUUGUGAAAUGGAAAAGCAGAAUAGAAAUAAACAUACCCUUUAUAAA